CCCCUCCCGCCCGGAUUAGUGGCAGCUUGGCCUGACUCUCCGGGGCUCCUUCCCCGCCCCCGCCGGCUGCCCUCCCCCGGGCAGGGGGCUGUUCCUUCGAGGGGCCCUGAGCUUGCCCAGGGUGCUGGAGGAGGGAACCGGCGGAGCAGCUUCCUCACUCUCAGUUGCGCGUCUGGCGAUGGCGAACAGAGGUCCUGCUGCGCUCCCCGCUGCGCUCUCGCUCCACUAGCCGCGCUGCGCCCCGCCGCGCCCUCGCCGGUGCCUGUCUCCCGGGUGCUGGGAUCGGCCCCCCUUCCCGGCACGACCCCCUCCCCCUGCCCCUCGGCCACCUCCGAGCCGGGGCGCGCGUUCCCCCCGGCCCGGCUCCCUCUCUCGCUCCGGGGGCACCCGCUCCCUCGCCCCGGCCCGGCCCUCCCCGCGGCGCAGCACGGAGUCUCGGCGUCCCAUGGCGCAACCCACGGCCUCGGCCCAGAAGCUGGUGCGGCCGAUCCGCGCCGUGUGCCGCAUCCUGCAGAUCCCGGAGUCCGACCCCUCCAACCUGCGGCCCUAGAG